UGAAUAUUAUAAUGUGUGAUUUCGAUCAAACUGUAACAACCAGGACGAGUUCGACGUGUAUAUGCCGCGUAGUAUUAGAAUUCUUUAGUGAUGUUUAGGUAUAAAUUAUGGCGCAAAACAACGCGUAUUCCUACGUAUGCCACAUGAGUGCAGACCACGUUUAAUAAUCAAGAGUCAUAACCAGUUUCAAACCAACGAGUCGGGUUCACUGGACACUACGUAUAUAUUGUAGUAGGUAGGUACGGUCUAACCACGCUCGUGAUACCGGGUAACGCCAUUGCGUGCAACAUUUCUAAGGUAAUAUUAUACAGCAGACGCUGCAUAAGCUAUACGUAGUCGUAUCAUCAUCAGCCCGUCGACCGGACGCAGUGGUUUUCGUCACCCGACGACGGACGGCCGAUCUGUGUUAUUUUUUAAUGAUAAGUGUCGUGCGUGUAUGUGAGUUCACACACUGAAACMGCCAACCGUCUGACGAUAACCAUUCGUUAUUGCCUCCUCCCGCUUCGGAUCAAACUGCUGUAGCUGUAUGGAGCAAUACCAAGAUCACUACCAACAACAAUAAUAAUAUCUUAAACGACACAGAAACGAUGCGCGUAGAUGUGAAUAAGGAAGGUUCAGCGACGAAGAGGGAUCGCCUUGUGAUGGACCCUCCAAAUAACGACAAGGAACCACUGCACCGGAUGCUGCUACGGAACAUAACCGUCGAGCCGAUGUUGUUCCCGUACCUAAUAGCGUCCAUACUGGUCAUACUGGCCAACCAGAACCUCAACAUCCAGAAGGCGUGCCGGGUGGAACUGAAACUGAGCAUGGAAGUUUGCAACGACCUGGAAAACAAGGACAAGAACAACAGCAUGCUCACCAACAGCGAGAUCACCGUGCAGAAGCUGGUCGCGGAUAUGCUCAUCUGGCAGACGAUAUUGCAGAGCAGCGUGCCCGCCGUCUUCGUGCUGUUCCUAGGCUCGUGGAGCGAUCGGAACCGUUUGCGACGGCCGUGUAUGUUGCUUCCGGUCUACGGCGAGGUGAUCCGGAACUUAGGCCUGCUGCUGUGUGUCUACUUCUUUGACGAGCUGCCCAUGAACUUGACGGGCCUGUGGCAGUCGCUGCCGAUCGCCGUCACCGGUUACUGGACAGUCAUGUACAUGGCCGUGUUCUCUUACGUGGGAGACCACAGCACGGACCAAAAUAAAACCUUAAGAAUUGGCCUAGUAAACGCGACAAUGGCCUUAUGUCUUCCUAUGGGUACUGGUUUAUCUGGUAUAUUAUAUCGUGAACUUGGUUUCACAGGAGUUUACAUCAUAGCUUUGAUACUCUGUUGCAUCAGCAUUUGGAUGGCUCACAUUUUCGUCCACGAUACAAAACAGAUCAAAUUUGAUUCGGGUAUGAAACAUAAAAUGUCUUAUUGGAGUCGUAUCAAGUUCUUUUUCAGUUUGAAUCACUUAAUUGAUGCGUUCAAAGUGACAUUUAAAAAGGAAAAAAACAAUAGAAGAAUGAAAGUUAUCGCUCUGACGUUGCUCAUAACUGGAAUCAUGGGUCCAUUGCAAGGUGAUAAAGGUGUCGCGUAUUUGUUUACUCGAGUAAAGUUCAAUUGGAAUGAAGUACAAUUCAGCGUGUACUCGACCACCACGAUGUGCAUCAAUCUCGUGGGAACGUUUGUUGUUCUCGGGGUCGUGGUCAGAAAGUUUGGCGUUGACGACGCGUUAAUUGGCACCGUGGCUACUACUGGAAAAUUAAUAUCGCAAUUCAUAUUCGCAUUCGCUAAUAGUGUGGUUGUAUUCUAUUCAGGAGCGCUUGUGAACUGUUUACAAGGACCGGCCAUUAUUUCCAUGAAAUCUAUCAUAAACAAAAUAAUUCCGGCUCAAGAACUCGGUCAAGUCAGUGCAGUAACAGGCAUCGGGGAAAAUGUUAUACCCAUUUUGUGUGGGCCGUUAUAUAGCUACGUGUAUGAAUCUACCGUAGACUUCUUCCCUAGCGCUUAUUUCUUAGUCACUGCGGCCAUAACGGUCCCAACCAUUUUUCUCUAUUUGUGGCUAUACAUUCAACACAGAAAGGAAAUCAAAGAAUCGUACAAACAAUUACCAGACACGGAUAAUUUGAAAGACACAAAUGGCACUAAAUAUGGCGCGAUAAAACAGAACAGUAACAGUUGAUUAUAUAAUUUAUUGAUGGGGUGAAACCUGUUGCGAAUUAUUAGUAAUGACUUAUAAUAGUAAUAGAUAGGUAUCUAACCCAGGCUACUUACUAUUCGUCAACGCGAUACGGUUAAUUCUCAUUUCAUCCGCAUAACUCAACAAAAGUUCCUACCGAUCUGUUGACUGUAUAUAACAUCACAUAGGUACGAAUUAACAAUGUUAUAUUGAUAAUAUAGUGCCAAGACUUAAUCUUAUAAUAUUAUUAUGUAAAUCAAUCGUGUCGAUUCAAUUAUAAAAUUCUGUGUU